AAUGGACACUCAUUUUGGCACUGACGCGAUACCGUCGAUAAUGCCCGAGUGCUUCGUAUGGGCACCGUCCGAAAAGUACUCGAGACAUUUAGCGUAUUUCCGUGUCGAAUGACGCAACGCGUAAAUCGGUAGAUGGAGCAAUCGGGAGGAAAUACUACAAAGGGUCCGUACGUACGUACAAGCAAGAGUCCAUCUCGCCCGACCGUGGAAAGGCUUGGCUCGACCGGAAGAGGCGGCCUCUUCCCGCCUCUACCUCUCCUCUAUCGAGCCGAGGGGGGUCCGGCCGCUACGAAGGAGCUAGACCGGGCUGGUGCAAAGCUGCCCGAGGAGCGGCUUCGCCGUGGAGUCGCGGGCCCGCCGAAGGCCUCUCGACUCGUCCAGGAGGCACUCUCAAAUGGUCUUCUUCCUCUUCGCUUCCGACAUCUCGGCGAAGAGCUGGAAAAGUUGGAGGACAAGUGGACAGAGUUGCUGAAAUGCGCAAAAAUCCCUCUGAAUGCCCUGGAGACGCAAUCGGAACAACUUCGUUUGGUUAGGAGCCAGGAAGUGGACAACGCGGAGCUCUGCCAAGUCGGCAAUUUGCGAGAUCGAUUGGUAUAUCAAAUCAGAAUGGGGAUCGAAAACGAGAUCGUGCUGCUUCAAGAAAUUGUUACUCGAAUGAAUACUGCCAAUCAGGAAUUGGGAAAUAAGUUAACGCAGUUGGAGAAUGCCAGAACUAAGAUUCCUUUAAGUACUCCAGAAAUAAUGUAUUUGGUCCGUGGAUCCCCCUAUCUACCCCGUUUGGAUCUUUUAAUGGAAUGGGCAUUGGACGGCUAUUUGUAUUAUCAGGACUUAUACCGUGGUAUUUGUAUGGCCCUAAAAUCUAUCGAUAGCAGCGAUAAAAGGACCGUCGAUACUUUGUCGGAGAGAUUUAUGGAAGAUAAAUUUAGACGUGCUCGGCAGGAUCGGCUUCGUUUUAUCGGGUUCCAGGGAUUCUAGCUUUGACGCAGUUUCUUUCAAAAGAACGACGCGGCCGCGGCGCCUAGAUUCCUUAGCGUUUCUUCCGUCGUUAUGCACCGAUU